AUGGAUGUGAGCAAGAGCGAGCCGAGCAAGAACGGGCCUGUGCAACGAGAAUGCGGCGGCUGCGGAGAGGUGAUCACGGAAAGGUGAGUAUCAAUUUGCACGACUCAUAAUUGACGAAAGUAUAAAGAAAUGAUUUAUCCUCUCCUGCAAGGAUGAUAUCGAUCUAUUAUUACAUUGUAGAUCACAAAACGCAAAAAUUCGAAUAACUGACCUACUGUUAUAAAAUCUGAAUAAUUUUUCUUUCGGAGAAUUGGGAAAUUACCAGAAAGUACAUUUUCUUCCAUAUAUUUUAGAAACAUUUAAUGUUCCUGUCGUCAAACAUUUUUUUUUUUUUUUUCCAAUAAAGAAAGAAGGAGUAAAGACUGAGUUUUUCAUACUACAGGUAUCUUCUGAAGGUAUUGGACAUGUUCUGGCACGAAGACUGCUUGAAGUGUAACAGCUGCAACUGCCGGCUCGUGGAAGCUGGCCCGUCGCUUUUUAUAAAGUCUAAUCUCAUAUUAUGCAAGAAGGAUUAUCUAAAACUCUUUGGACACACUGGUCACUGCGCGGCCUGUAACAAAACCAUUCCAGCUUUCGAGAUGGUGAUGAGGGCAAGAACGAACGUCUACCACUUGGAGUGUUUUGCGUGUCAACAGUGUAAUUAC